CGAAGACGAACCUCUUCGAGGCUUAGUGCGGCAACGUCCACUUAACCAGCGACAACAAAUCGCAUACCCCCAGUAGGUCUCAACAAACAAGUGCAGUUGAAGUUAAAGCAAACACAUCGAAUAUGGCCAACAUUGGCUACGUUUUUAUAUGGACGCUAAUAGUGGUCAUUACAUCAGGGACGGAUCUAAACAAUGAUGAUUCUCUUAAUGAUGUCUUAAGCUACUCUACGCCCACAUUUAAUCGUGAGACAUCUUUGUCGGCUCAAAAUAUUGAAAAGAUUGAUGUUAAAUGCGACCAAGGAAAUGGCAUGACGGUGGAAGUAGACUUUUUAGAAAACUUUAACGGAAUUAUUUACAGUCAGGGAUACUACAAUGAUCCCAAAUGCACCUAUGUGGCUGCCAAUAAUGGAGACAGAAAAUUUAUAUUCAAUGUGCCUUAUGACGGUUGCGGCAGUAAGCCGUCCUGCUCGAUAUGCUCUUCAAUUGAGAACGUCCUAAUUAUACAAAAUGACAAAGAUAUUCAGAAUAGUUGGGAUAUAGCGCGAAAAGUAUCAUGUAGCCGCAGCGAGGAGCAGGAGAAAACGGUUUACUUCAAGCCGUUUGUCGUUGAUAUGCUCGAAAUAGUUUCCGUUGAUACCCCAAGCGGCCCAGUGGAAUGCUGGAUGGAAAUUGGUACUGGAAUACCACCAAAUAUUAAGCCCAUUAGUACAACCUUGAAGCUUGGCACCGAUGUAACGUUUACCAUAAAUGUAAAGCAUUCGACUCAAGCAUGGGAUGUAAACAUACUGAAGUGCUAUGCCUCAGAUGACAUGAACUUUGAGGCAAAAACCACCAAGACUUUACAACUCUCCGAUAAAAGAGGCUGCACUAUCAAGGAAAAAAUAUUUGGGGAGUGGCAAAAGUUGGAAUCCAAGUCCAGGUCCAGUCUUACCUCCACAUAUUAUAAUACACUCAAAGCAUUUAAAUUCCCCGACCGAUCCCAAGUGUAUCUAAAAUGUGAUAUUGAAUUAUGCAAGGGAACAUGUCAAAGAGAAUACUCAUGUAGCAGCUUAAAGACCAAAAUACCUACAGAUGGGCCCAAGCUUAGGUGCUACCCUGGCUCAGCAGAUCCUGCCUGUCUUUUAACCACUUUCUCGCCACCAACAAAGCCAAGAAUAGCAAUAACGACAACCAAAUCACGCUGCUAUACUGGAUCUACAGAUGCAGAAUGCCAAAAAACAACCUACUUCCCACAAACAACGACUGAAGCGCCAAUAGCCAUAGAACAACCAGAAUGUUAUCUAGGAUCGACCGAUGCUCGAUGUCGUAAGAGUUCCGCAACGACAAUAAAGCCCAGAUGUUAUCCUGGAUCAUCAGAUCCAGACUGUCAGCCCGCAACUUACUUACCACCAACAACGAUCAAAACACGAGUAGAUAGACCCAAACCACGGUGCUUCCCAGGUUCAACCGAUCCCCGAUGCCCUCAAGAAUCCGCAUCCACACUGAAACCACGUUGCUAUCCCGGCUCAUCCGAUCCUGAGUGCCUUCCAUCGACAUACGCACCACCUACAACUAGAAGAACCCCAACUUACUCGACUCCGACGACGACUAGAGCUCCUAUAACUAUAGAAACACCGAAAUGCUAUCCAGGAUCGACCGAUCCUCGAUGUCCUCAGAGGCCCGCCACGACAACAAAGCCUAGAUGUUAUCCUGGAUCAUCAGAUCCAGAGUGUCAGCCCGCAACUUACCUGCCUCCAACAACGAUCAAAACACCAGUAGAUAGACCCAAACCACGGUGCUUCCCAGGUUCCACCGAUCCUCGAUGCCCUCAAGAACCCGCAUCGACACUGAAACCACGUUGCUAUCCUGGCUCAUCCGAUCCUGAGUGUCUAUCAUCGACAUACGCACCACCUACAACUAGAAGAACCCCAACAUACUCGGCUCCGACGACGACUAGAGCUCCUAUAACUAUAGAAGUAGCGAAAUGCUAUCCAGGGUCGACUGAUCCUCGAUGUCCUCAGAGGCCGGCAACUACAACAAAGCCGAGAUGUUAUCCUGGCUCAUCAGAUCCAGACUGCCUUAACUGCUUCCCAGGCUCUCCAGAUCCAAGAUGUCCUAAAGUGCCAACAACUAAAAAGGCAGGCUGCGAGGAGAACCCAGAUGACCCCAGAUGUCAACCUGCCACUUAUUUACCGCCUUCCACUUAUCGCACUCCAACUCUUUCACCUAAGCCGAGGUGCUAUCCUGGAUCCAGAGAUCCCGAGUGUCUACCAGCAACUUACCAGCCUCCAACAACGAUCAGAACAACAGUCGCACCCAAACCACAGUGCUUCCCAGGGUCUACCGAUCCCCGAUGUCCUCAGAAGCCCGCAACGACAAAAAAGCCGAGAUGUUAUCCUGGCUCAUCAGAUCCAGAGUGUCAGCCCGCAACUUACCUGCCUCCAACAACGAUCAAAACACCAGUAGAUAGACCCAAACCACGGUGUUACCCAGGUUCAACCGAUCCUCGAUGCCCUCAAGAACCCGCAUCGACACUGAAGCCACGUUGCUAUCCCGGCUCAUCCGAUCCUGAGUGUCUUUCAUCGACAUACGCACCACCCACAACUAGAAGAACCCCAACUUACUCGGCUCCGACGACGACUAGAGCUCCUAUAACUAUAGAAACACCGAAAUGCUAUCCAGGAUCGACCGAUCCUCGAUGUCCUCAGAGGCCAGAAACUACAACAAAACCUAGAUGUUAUCCUGGCUCAUCAGAUCCAGAGUGUCAGCCCGCAACUUACCUGCCUCCAACAACGAUCAAAACACCAGUAGAUAGACCCAAACCACGGUGUUACCCAGGUUCAACCGAUCCUCGAUGCCCUCAAGAACCCGCAUCGACACUGAAACCACGUUGCUAUCCCGGCUCAUCCGAUUCUGAAUGUCUUCCAUCGACAUACGCACCACCCACAACUAGAAGAACCCCAACUUACUCGGCUCCGACGACGACUAGAGCUCCUAUUACUAUAAAAACACCGAAAUGCUAUCCAGGAUCGACUGAUCCUCGAUGUCCUCAGAGGCCAGCAACUACAACAAAGCCGAGAUGUUAUCCUGGCUCAUCAGAUCCAGACUGCCUUAACUGCUUCCCAGGCUCUCCAGAUCCAAGAUGUCCUAAAGUGCCAACAACCAAAAAGGCAGGCUGCGAGGAGAACCCAGAGGACCCCAGAUGUCAACCUGCCACCUAUUUACCGCCUUCCACUUAUCGCACUCCAACUCUUUCACCUAAGCCGAGGUGCUAUCCUGGAUCCAGAGAUCCCGAGUGUCUACCAGCAACUUACCAGCCGCCAACAACGAUCAGAACAACAGUUGCACCCAAACCACAGUGCUUUCCAGGGUCUACCGAUCCUCGAUGUCCUCAGAAGCCCGCAACGACAAAAAAGCCGAGAUGUUAUCCUGGCUCAUCAGAUCCAGAGUGUCAGCCCGCAACUUACCUGCCUCCAACAACGAUCAAAACACCAGUAGAUAGACCCAAACAACGGUGCUUCCCAGGUUCAACCGAUCCUCGAUGCCCUCAAGAACCCGCAUCGACACUGAAGCCACGUUGCUAUCCCGGCUCAUCCGAUCCUGAAUGUCUUCCAUCGACAUACGCACCAUCUACAACUAGAAGAACCCCAACUUACUCGACUCCGACGACGACUAGAGCUCCUAUAACUAUAGAAGUACCGAAAUGCUAUCCAGGGUCGACUGAUCCUCGAUGUCCUCAGAGGCCCACGACGCCAACAAAGCCUAGAUGUUAUCCUGGAUCAUCAGAUCCAGAGUGUCAGCCCGCAACUUACCUACCGCCAUCAACGAGCAAAACACCAGUAGAUAGACCAAAACCACGGUGUUACCCAGGUUCAACCGAUCCUCGAUGCCCUCAAGAACCCGCAUCGACACUGAAGCCACGUUGCUAUCCCGGCUCAUCCGAUCCUGAAUGUCUUCCAUCGACAUACGCACCACCUACAACUAGAAGAACCCCAACUUACUCGACUCCGACGACGACUAGAGCUCCUAUAACUAUAGAAGUACCGAAAUGCUAUCCAGGGUCGACUGAUCCUCGAUGUCCUCAGAGGCCCACGACGACAACAAAACCUAGAUGUUAUCCUGGCUCAUCAGAUCCAGAGUGUCAGCCCGCAACUUACCUGCCUCCAACAACGAUCAAAACACCAGUAGAUAGACCCAAACCACGGUGCUUCCCAGGUUCAACCGAUCCUCGAUGCCCUCAAGAACCCGCAACGACAUUGAAGCCACGUUGCUAUCGCGGCUCAUCCGAUCCUGAGUGUCUUCCAUCGACAUACGCACCACCCACAACAAGAAGAACCCCAACUUACUCGGCUCCGACGACGACUAGAGCUCCUAUAACUAUAGAAGCACCGAAAUGCUAUCCAGGAUCGACUGAUCCUCGAUGUCCUCAGAGGCCAGCAACUACAACUAAGCCGAGAUGUUAUCCUGGCUCAUCAGAUCCAGACUGCCUUAACUGCUUCCCAGGCUCUCCAGAUCCAAGAUGUCCUAAAGUGCCAACAACCAAAAAGGCAGGCUGCGAGGAGAACCCAGAGGACCCCAGAUGUCAACCUGCCACCUAUUUACCGCCUUCCACUUAUCGCACUCCAACUCUUUCACCUAAGCCGAGGUGCUAUCCUGGAUCCAGAGAUCCCGAGUGUCUACCAGCAACUUACCAGCCGCCAACAACGAUCAGAACAACAGUCGCACCCAAACCACAGUGCUUUCCAGGGUCUACCGAUCCUCGAUGUCCUCAGAAGCCCGCAACGACAAAAAAGCCGAGAUGUUAUCCUGGCUCAUCAGAUCCAGAGUGUCGGCCCGCAACUUACCUGCCUCCAACAACGAUCAAAACACCAGUAGAUAGACCCAAACCACGGUGCUUCCCAGGUUCAACCGAUCCUCGAUGCCCUCAAGAACCCGCAACGACAUUGAAGCCACGUUGCUAUCCCGGCUCAUCCGAUCCUGAGUGUCUUCCAUCGACAUACGCACCACCUACAACUAGAAUAACCCCAACGUACUCGGCUCCGACGACGACUAGAGCUCCUAUAACUAUAGAAGUACCGAAAUGCUAUCCAGGGUCGACUGAUCCUCGAUGUCCUCAGAGGGCGGCAACUACAACAAAGCCGAGAUGUUAUCCUGGCUCAUCAGAUCUAGAGUGUCAGCCCGCAACUUACCUGCCUCCAUCAACGAGCAAAACACCAGUAGAUAGACCAAAACCACGGUGUUACCCAGGUUCAACCGAUCCUCGAUGCCCUCAAGAACCCGCAUCGACACUGAAGCCACGUUGCUAUCCCGGCUCAUCCGAUCCUGAAUGUCUUCCAUCGACAUACGCACCACCUACAACUAGAAUAAUCCCAACAUAUUCGGUUCCGACGACGACUAGAGCUCCUAUAACUAUAGAAGUACCGAAAUGCUAUCCAGGGUCGACUGAUCCUCGAUGUCCUCAGAGGCCGGAAACUACAACAAAGCCGAGAUGUUAUCCUGGCUCAUCAGAUCCAGAGUGUCAGCCCGCAACUUACCUGCCUCCAACAACGAUCAAAACACCAGUAGAUAAACCCAAACCACGGUGCUUCCCAGGUUCAACCGAUCCUCGAUGCCCUCAAGAGCCCGCAACGACAUUGAAGCCACGUUGCUAUCCCGGCUCAUCCGAUCCUGAGUGUCUUCCAUCGACAUACGCACCACCUACAACUAGAAGAACCCCAAUUUACUCGGCUCCGACGACGACUAGAGCUCCUAUAACUAUAGAAACACCGAAAUGCUAUCCAGGAUCGACUGAUCCUCGAUGUCCUCAGAGGCCAGCAACUACAACAAAGCCGAGAUGUUAUCCUGGCUCAUCAGAUCCAGACUGCCUUAACUGCUUCCCAGGCUCUCCAGAUCCAAGAUGUCCUAAAGUGCCAACAACUAAAAAGGCAGGCUGCGAGGAGAACCCAGAUGACCCCAGAUGUCAACCUGCCACCUAUUUACCGCCUUCCACUUAUCGCACUCCAACUCUUUCACCUAAGCCGAGGUGCUAUCCUGGAUCCAGAGAUCCCGAGUGCCUACCAGCAACCUACCAGCCACCAACAACUAUAGUAACACCAACGGAGAGGCCUAAGCCAAGAUGUUACCCUGGUUCUACUGAUCCUCGGUGCCCUCAAGAGCUACCUUCGACAACAAAACCGAGAUGCUAUCCGGGUUCAACAGCCCCAGACUGUCUAGCACCAACGUAUUUGCCACCAACAACGAAACAAAUUCCAACCUCUAAUACUGUCACACCUAAGCCCGUAACAACAGAUGGAGAAAAGUUUAGGUGCUACUCCGGUUCGCCAGACCCCCGUUGCAAGCAGGACAGUACUGUGAUACCCUCUUAUAACUUGAUUACUUCCACUCAGCCACCCGCAACAACGCCUACUUAUUGUUAUCCUGGAUCUAUUGAUCCACGUUGCCCCAACAGCGGAUACAAAGGCACGAGUCGUAUUCCUGCUACAUAUCUACCGCCCUUGAGUGACCCGGGGUACGACAGGACUAUUCGUAAUGCAAAGAGCUCUUUUUUUAAGGAAAUUAACCAAUUGGCAUUCACCGAUAAUAACAUUUUUGAGAUUGAUGAGGACGAAACCGACUCAACUAGAGUUAAACGGGAGUUAAAGGCUGCCGACGAAAAUUCAUUGAUCAUUUCUCAAGAGGAAGACCUAUUAUCGAGAAGAAUUGUUAAGCGUGAGUUUAGUGAACGGCCAUCAGAGAGUGAAGUGAUUUCUCUGACACUUGGUAUUCGAACGGGGAUCAAUGUUAAUUAGUCAUGGAAGUUAAAUACCUAGCACUAGCAAUAUUAUUAUAAUACCCAUCUUACACCGAUAUGUAUUUUACUUAGCCAGAUAUUCAUUAAAUAUAAAUCUUUGUACAAAUUGUAACGAA